GUACCUUUUGUAUGAUGUAAAUCCUCCUGAAGGGUUCAACCUUCGCAGAGAUGUCUAUAUUCGCAUUGCUUCCCUUCUAAAGACCUUGCUGAAAAGUGAAAACUGGGUGUUAGUUCUGCCUCCCUGGGGAAAUCUUUAUCACUGGCAGAGCCCUGACAUCCUUCAGGUCCGGAUACCUUGGUCUGAAUUCUUCGAUCUCCCAAGCCUCAACAAGAACAUCCCUGUCAUUGAAUAUGAACAGUUCCUUGCAGAGUCAGGUGGGCCCUUUAUUGAACAGAUUUAUGUCCUACAAGGCUACGCAGAAGGAUGGAAGGAAGGAACGUGGGAAGAAAAAAUAGAUGAAAGGCCCUGCAUUGAUCAGCUUAUGUACUCCAAAGACAAACAUGAGUACUACAGGGGAUGGUUCUGGGGUUACGAGGAAACACGGGGCCUAAAUGUUUCUUGUUUGUCUGUCCAAGGAUCUGCCUCUAUUGUGGCUCCCAUCCUUUUGAAGAACACUUCAGCACAGUCAGUGAUGUUAGACAGAGCUGAAAACCUUCUUCAUGACCACUACGGAGGGAAAGAUUAUUGGAAUACCCGUCGGAGCAUGGUGUUUGCUAAACACCUCCGUGUAGUGGGAGACGAGUUCAGAAACAAGUAUCUUCAAUCCACAGAUGAGGCAGACAGGACUCAUUACAAGGAGGACUGGACACAGAUGAAGGUUAAGAUGGGCACAGCUUUAGGUGGUCCCUACCUUGGGGUUCAUCUCAGAAGGAAAGACUUCGUUUGGGGUCACAGAGAAGACGUGCCU